UCAUACAAACAAAGAAAAAAAAAAUCAGUGGAAAAAAAAAUCUCAGCUCUGCACUUUGCAUAGGAUUUGAAAUGAGCGGGCUCGUCGUGCGUCCCAGGAUUCUUUGCUUCCGCAUCCUCGGCCAGCUCGCGGUGUGAGUGGACGAUGCCUUUCUGUUCCGGCUACACCUGCUCAUUCCAGCCGGAAGUGCAGCGCUAUUAAUCCAGAAGUAUUAAUCCCUUUCUGUACCUGGAGGCAGAAGAGGCGAGAUUAGUUUGCUGCGUUGGCGGGGGAACGCGUUUGCGUGCCGGAUCUGAUGGAUGCGUCGUGUUAGUGCGCGGCACGCGGUUAAUGCGGGCUCUAACACACUCGGUCGGCUGCCUGCAAGUUGGGCUUAUUGUUGUUUUCUUGCGCUGAAGCUUUGAGCUCUGUGCGUCUCGAACCUGCAAUGGGAUGCUGCGGUAGCGCAGAGAGGGUGAAAAGAGAAUGGAAACCCUUGGAGGACCGAAGCUGCACCGAUCUCCCAUGGUUUCUUCUAUUUAUGCUCUUCUGCGGUGGAAUGGGUGCUAUCUGUGGCUACACUAUAGUGACAGGUGGUGCAGCACGCCUGGUGUUUGGAUAUGACAGUUACGGCAACACUUGUGGCCAGGUCAAUGAGGCCAUCGAAGGGGUCAGGCUCAGCGGCUUGGACCACAGAGACAGAAAAUAUGUGUUCUUCCUGGACCCAUGCAACUUAGACAUAAUUCAAAGGAAGAUUAAAUCAAUGGCACUGUGUGUGUCACAGUGUCCUACAGAGGAGAUGAAAACUUACGAAGAUCUACGGAGAUUUGCCAUGAUGAAUGGCUCAGAGCUCUGCUCCUAUGAGCUGGCUGGCCAUAAGUACCCAAGCCUUCCAGAACGCUUUGACAAAUGUCCUAAACUUCCAGUUCCACAGAGUAAAGCUCUGCCAGUGUUUAACCGCUGCACGCCCGUGGACAUUUCCUGCUAUUCUAAGUUUGCAGAGGCGGUGGUGACGUUUGUCAGUGAUAACACCAUACUCCACAGGCUGAUAGCUGGGGUGGUGGCCAGUAAAGAGAUCAUUGCUGGGCUCUGCCUGCUAGCACUGGUGCUCUCCAUGAUCCUGAUGGUGAUUAUUCGCUACAUCUCUGCUGUCCUGGUGUGGAUUCUCACUGUUCUUGUGGUGCUGGGCUCACUAGGAGGCACCAGUUUUCUGUGGUGGUUAUAUAUAGACCACAGGCUUAAGAUGAACGAGACUGAAUCUACAGAUUUAAAGGAAGUGAAAGACACAAAUGAAGGAAAUGUGACUUCCGAAGACCACAAUCAAGGACUACUGGUCUAUGCCAGCUCAGCAACUAUCUUCACGGUGAUCCUGCUGUUGCUGAUGCUGUUUAUGCGGAAGCGUGUGGCAUUGACCAUUGCUCUGUUCCACGUCGCCGGGAAGGUUUUUAUUCACCUGCCAUUGCUGGUUCUGCAACCUUUCUGCACCUUUCUCGCCCUCUUCCUUUUCUGGGUUUACUGGAUCCUAGUACUGCUCUUCCUAGGAACCACUGGGAAUCCAGAGAAGAACGAGCAGACAGGUCUGACUGAGUUCAGACUAAGCGGCCCACUACAGUAUCUCAUCUGGUACCAUGCUGUGGGUCUCAUCUGGAUAAGUGAAUUCAUCCUGGCCUGUCAGCAGAUGACAGUGGCUGGAGCUGUGGUCACAUACUACUUUACCAGGGACAAGAACAAGCUCCCUUUGACGCCCAUCCUGUCAUCAGUCUUUCGUUUGAUUCGUUACCACCUGGGCACUGUGGCCAAGGGCUCCUUCAUUAUCACCCUGGUCAAGAUCCCGCGCCUCAUCCUCAUUUACAUCCGUAAUCAGCUCAAAGGAAAGGAGAACGCAUGUGCACGCUGUAUGCUAAAGGCGUGUAUUUGUUGCCUCUGGUGUCUGGAGAAGUGCCUCAAUUAUCUAAAUCAGAACGCAUACGCAGCAACGGCCAUCAACAGCACCAGUUUUUGCACGUCAGCACGUGAUGCAUUUGUAAUCUUGGUGGAAAACGCUCUGAGGGUGGCAGCCAUCAACACCGUGGGAGACUUUGUGCUUUUCCUGGGCAAGGUCCUGAUCAUGACAUGCACAGCUUUUGCGGGAGUUCUGGCGCUGAACUAUCAGAGGGACUACACAGAGUGGGUGCUGCCGCUCAUUAUUGUGUGCCUAUUCGCCUUUUUGGUGGCCCACUGCUUCCUUUCUAUCUUUGAGAUCGUGGUGGAUGUGCUGUUUCUCUGCUUCGCCAUCGACACCAAAUACAAUGACGGCACAUCUGGCAAGGAGUUCUUUAUGGACAAAGCCCUUAUGGAGUUUGUGGAGAACAGCCGGAGGUCGGUGGCGCCAGCAGAGCGUGGACGGAGCAGCAAGCGGUCUCGUGCUCGUAUGGAAGCGGGGCUGACUGAGAUGAAGGCCAUGGCGCCUGGAACAAGCUCAGCUUGACCAAAAGCCGGCCAUGGGACUUUUUAAAGACAUUCCAAAAUGUUUAUUUUUACCAAUGUGUAACAUGUUUACUAUGGUUUCACUCCAGGGAAUACAAUAUUUUAAUAAGAAACUGUAAAAAGAAGAAAUAACAAUGUAAUGAAGCACUUUAUAUUGAAGCGCUGCAUAUUUUAAAAGGCUGAUGCAUUUUUCGUAGUGAUGUCCUUUUUUAUAAGACUAAAAAACAAUUGCCAUCUAGUAAAACGCAGUAUUAAUAA